AUGGCACCCAUCCUCACCACCACCCCAACCCUCCAGGUGACACCCUCACCACUAACCAAAGAAGCCUUCGCUCCCUUCGGCACCGCAAUCUAUUCUCCUCUCCCCCGCGAUCUCAACCAAGCCCCAGCAAGCACUACAAGCCUCACACCUCACAAUCCCACCCCAGUGCUCGCAAACCAAAACUCCGCUCUAAAAUACAGCCCCAUCUCCCCCCUCCUCGACAACUACACCAACAAAUGCCCCAGCAACCAACCCUCCUCCGCCCGCAUGACCAUGUUCAGCUGCUUCCCCCGCCAAUUGCGCUCCCUCCCCGGCAAGAACACGAAGGCCUUCGACGUCCGCAUCCUCGAAUGUCACCCCUUCACUACCCAGACCUUCACCCCGAUUGACCUCUCUAGUCAGUCGACCGCCGGUGGGCAGGAGGAGCCGUAUUACUUGGUUGUGGUUGCGCCGACGUUGAAGGGCCAGACGGUUACGGCUAUGACGCCCUCGGGACCGGUGACGGUGAGGGAUCCGCCGGAUUUGAAGAAUCUGAGGGCGUUUGUCGCGCGCGGGGGACAGGCGGUUACGUAUGGCGCGGGGACGUGGCAUGCGCCCAUGGUGGUGGUUGGGUCUCGGCGGGUGGAUUUUGUCGUCGUGCAGUUUGUUAAUGGGGUUGAGGAAGAGGAUUGUCAGGAGGUGGCGUUUGGGGAGGGUGUUGUUGUGGAGGUUGGGGGGAGGGCUGUUGCGAAGCUUUAG